GGCGUGGCAUUCCUUUUUCUCCUUGCAGGCACAUGUGGGAGUGUUGGAGGGAGGCUUGCAAUCUUGGAUCUGCUUUCCUGUCGCCCGUGUGGUCAGUGCAAGUGGGUAGCUGGGGUAGAGAAAACAGCGCAAGCAAGCUAGGAUUCGACUUAAGCCGUUGGGUUGGCUCCUGGCAUUUUUUUCAGGAUCUGAAGUUGUGCCCCUUCUUACUUGAUCCACCCUUUGCCCCUCUCUCCUCCUCCUCAACUAUAGCAGCGCCCCUUCUCGUCUGUCAUCACCAUGGCUGAAGAUAAACCCUUGGCCGUCGUGACCUGCACAGCCCCUGUUAACAUCGCGGUGAUAAAAUACUGGGGGAAGCGUGAUGAAGAGCUGAUCUUGCCUAUUAAUUCUUCCCUCAGCGUCACCCUGCACCAAGAUCAGCUGAAAACCACCACAACAGCUGCCAUCAGCCGGGACUUCACUGAGGACUGCCUCUGGCUCAAUGGGAAGGAGAGUGAUAUUGGUCAGCCACGCCUCCAGUCAUGCCUACGAGAGAUACGCCGUCUAGCGAGGAAGCGGCACAGCGGUAACGGUAACAGCGGUGACAGCAGCAGCCGCUCUGCCCUCAGCCUUGCCUACAAGGUCCACAUUGCCUCAGAGAACAACUUUCCCACAGCGGCUGGGCUGGCCUCUUCUGCCGCUGGGUUUGCCUGUCUGGUCUACGCGUUGGCCAAGCUCUAUGGUGUGGAGGGUGAGCUCUCUGAAGUGGCUCGGCAAGGCUCCGGAAGUGCCUGCCGAAGUAUGUUUGGGGGCUUCGUGCAGUGGGUCAUGGGGCAAAGCGCUGAUGGCAAGGACAGCAUUGCCCAGCAGGUGGCGCCGGAGACGCACUGGCCAGAGCUGAGGGUGUUGAUCUUGGUGGUGAGUGCGGAGAAGAAGCAGGUGGCCAGCACGGCAGGCAUGCAGACCAGCGUGAAGACCAGCCUCCUGCUGAAGCACCGUGCUGAGGCUCUGGUUCCCGAGCGCAUGUCCCAAAUGACCCAGCAUAUCCUGCAGCGGGACUUCGAGGCCUUUGGGGAGCUGACCAUGAAGGACAGCAACCAGUUCCACGCGACCUGCCUGGACACUUUCCCACCCAUCUUCUACCUCAAUGACAUCUCCAAGCAAGUGGUGGCCCUGGUGCACCGCUACAACGCCCAUUGCGGCAAGACGAAGGUGGCUUAUACAUUUGACGCUGGCCCAAACGCAGUUCUCUUCAUGCUGGAUGACACGGUGGAUGAGUUUGUGGAAGUGGUGAAGCGCAGCUUUCCUCCGGAGAAUAAUGGAGGCCAGUUCCUGAAAGGUCUGCCCGUGGGGUCAGCAACACCCUCUGAGGAGCUGCUGUCAGCUGUGGUGAGGGAUCCCACGCCAGGAGCGAUCCAGUAUAUGCUGCUCACCAAGCCGGGGCCAGGACCAGCACUGGUGGAAGAUACAAGCUGUCAUCUCCUGGGGGCAGACGGGUUGCCCCGAAGCAGCAGCUGAGCUGGGUCCCAUUUCUGGG